CCCAUCUCCAAUUCGCUUCUGAUAGGUAUGUCAGUUUGUUUACAUUCAUUUUGGCAUUUAUAUCAAUGCGUAGCAUAACGAAUUGGAGUUCCAUUUUGUUAUAAAGUACUUAGAAUACGUUUUGAUACGUUGUUAAGAAUUCAAUCUUUAAAGUAAGAAUGAAUGAAGUAGUCUUACCACCAGCACCAAAUUGGUUUAGAAGUACAGCAUUUGCUUGUGCCAACGAUGGAACGAUUGCAUGGUUAACAAAAGCAAUUAUUACAAUAUCUAAACCACGCAAAGACAGUAAGAUCCGUGAUUUUCAUUUUAUUCUUGAUACACAUGCAAAUAGCGCCAAUUCAAUAGCAUUUUCUCCAGAAUACGGUAAACCGGAAAAAAAUUUUCUAGUCUCUGGAGGUAGUGACAAUAUUAAAAUAUGGAAUUUAGAUACUUAUGAAACUGUGCUUACACAAAGCUACUCGAAUCCUACUCAAACAGUUAUUGGAGUUGAUUGGUCUAAAUGUGAUUCAAAUCUAAUUUGUAGCGUUACUAUGGAUGGAACUCUUUUAACAUGGAAUUUGAAUGUGAAUUAUUGUCAUAAGAUUCCUCUAGGCAAAGUAACAGCUUCUUGUCUUUCGUGCUGUCCUCAUCAAUCAAACAUAGUAGCUGUUGGAUUAAAACUUGGCUUAACUUAUAUUGUAAAUCUUAAAGGUCAAGGUUCAAUAUCCUAUAAAAUUCGCACAAGUGAUAUGGAUAUUACUAAUAUAUCUUGGUGUCCAACAAAUACUAAUAUUUUUAAAGACAGUUCAACCGAUGAAUCUCAAAAUCAUCUUUUAUUCGCUGCUGGAUCAAAAGGCAAAUCUAUUUCUAUUUGUCGAGCUAGUGAUGGCAAAUUUGAAAAUCAAUUUACUUUACCCCCAAAUCCGUUGAAUUCUGACCAUCACAGAUCUAAGUUGGGCCCAAAAACGGAGUUAUUUACUAUAGUUUGCUGGUUAGAACCUAAAAUAUUAUUAGUUAAUUCACUUUAUGGAGAAUUAUUAUCUCUUGAUAUAAUGCAAUCGAUGAAAAAACCAAAUUGGCGUUUUAUUCAUGGUGUACAUUAUAGAGGAAUAUUUACAAUCACUCAAGUUCCAAAACUUACAGUUGAUGAUCAAGACAAUUGGAGAAUUCCUACCAAACAUCGAGUAUGGACUACAGCUCAAGACAGAAAAAUUGUCUGUUGUACUAUUGAAAAUGGACAUAGUGAGAUAGAUUAUUGCAUUCCAACUCACGCAGGAUAUAUUUAUAGUAUAGAAGCGUGUCCAUUGGAAACGUCUCUAGUAGCUUAUGGAGGUGGUGAUGCUAACAUUAGACUCUGGAAUCUUUCAGAACCGCACGAUUCAAAAUAUCAUACAACUUUUUUCUGGCAGGGCAUAAAAGCAAAAGUUACUAAAAUGGCUUGGCACCCAGAAUUAGAAAAUAUAUUAGCUUUCGGUACUGGAGAAGGUCGAGUUGGUAUACUUGAUACGAAUUGUUCUUCGAAACCUCCUUUAUUAUUCCGUCAUCAUUAUUGUAGAACUAUUUACUCUCUUGGUUGGGGUCCAAAUCCAUUGAAUGAUUCAUAUACUAUUUACGCUUCUACUGGUAAUGAAUUUUUUUACUACAAUUAUAGUAAACCUGAUGAGAAUCCUACUGUUGCUGCAAAAAAUUGUACCGAAUUUUCUUGGCAUCCAAGUUUUAAAUGCUUAGCUCUAGGAUUUGAGGAUGGUACUAUUUCAUUUGUUAAUCGUAAAUUGGAACCUUGUGGUAAACCUAUUCAUUUAUUAAAAAAAUCUAUUACACGUUUGAUAUGGCAUCCAGAAAGCACAACAUCAGAUCAAGACUUAUCUCUAAUGAGAAAUUACCUUGCUGUAGCUAUAAAUGAUCCGGAUAUUACUAUUUUUGAUAUGACGCCAAUGAUAGAACAGUUGGAAAAAGAUACCUCAUCGGAAGUUAAUACAGAAAAUGAUGAUAAAAUUGGAUAUAGAAUUGUAGGAACAUUGAAAGGUCAUGUAGGAUCAGUUUACUGUCUUGCUUGGAAUCCUCACAUCACGGGACAAUUGGUCAGCGGUGGAUUUGAUAGAGUAGCUCAUGUAUGGAGAAUCGAUACGCUUCAACUUAUUGCAUCAUAUGCCGAGCAUUGUGGAGCAGUUUAUUCUUGCAUGUGGAGCCCAUUGAAUGCAGAUUAUAUCAUGACAGGAUCUGGAGAUCACACUCUUCGAGUUUGGAAACUUUCUGAUCAAAAAAUAGUGAUUCCGGUGGAACACAUUAAAACAAAUAAAAAUAAAAAAAAGAAAUCAAAAGCUAGUAAAGCUAUAGUUCUACAUCAAUCAUCUGAAUCUUUCAAAAUUGAAACUUGUGAGGCUGAUAGCACAUUAGAAGAACUAAUGAUGAAUGGACAUGAUAAUGGUAUAGUUACUUUACAGAACAAUGUAAAUGGUAAAAUUAACGACGAAGAAAAGAAGGAAGGUAAUAAAGAGAAGAAGAAUAAAAAUAAAAAAUCAUUUUUACCACUUUAUCGAAAAAAGAUGAAUAGAACUGAUGUUUUCUUAGAUUCUUGUUUAAAGUUAGCAAAAAAAGUUAAAGAGCAAGGAGAAAUUCAAGAAACUGACCCCGAAUUUGUUUCAAUAUUUGGAAAUAAAUCCGAUAUUUUAACCAUAUUAAGUGAAGAACAAUCUGCUUACAAAGAACAAAAUAAUUAUACUGCGGCUGUUGAAUUAAGUAUUUGGACAAAUAACCUCCGUCAACAGCUCCAAGAUGCUGCAAAAGAACGACGAUUGAAUGAUUUCAUGGUUUCCUUAGCUCCAAUGCUAUCAGUAAAAACAUGGCAAGAAAUGUGUGAAGCUUAUGGUAAUCAGCUUGUGAUCGAAUCCAACAUUAGUAAAGCUGUAAAUUAUUUUCUAUGUAUUCAUAAAAUUUAUCGAGCAAUUGAAGUCUUAACAGAAGCAAAGAUGUUCAGAGAAGCUUAUGUACUUGGUAAAUGUAAGUUAGAUUCUCAAGAUGCUAUUUUAAAUAAUAUUUUGACAGAAUGGGGAGCUCAUGCAUUACAAACUGGAAAUUAUGAAGACGCUACUCAAUGUUAUAUUAUUCUUGAAAAUUUUGAAAAAGCUGCUAAAAUAUUAGCAAAGAGAAAGGACAGUUACUUUUUAGGAACCGCAGCAAUAUUAGCAAAAUGGAGUAAUAACGAAGAAUUAAGUCAAUCAAUUGCUAACGAAGCAGUGACAGAAUCACUUCGUAAAAAUCAUCCUGAUAGAGCUGAGUAUUUUAUUCAAAAACUCCCGAGUGUAAGAUUUCGAUUGGCCCAUGUAGAAACUUACAAAAAUAUUAUUAAAAUUCGAAAAAUCAAUGUUCCUGUUAGUGCCUGGAUUGGUAAUGAGCUAUCACAUGAUUUAAUAACGUCCUUAAAGACUCGUUUUAGUGAGUUGGGAUUGAAUGAUUUCUCUGUAUACAGUAAAUUGAAUACUAUUCAUUAUCCUAAUCUUCCAGAUAAUGAUGAAAUGCUUUGGUUGAUAAUUAGUCAUCAAAUAGCAUUAGCUGCAUCUGCUCCUAGUGAAGAACAACAAUUACGUCAUAUUGUGUCUGCAUGUGGUAUUAUAUCUCAAUAUGAAAUGAUAAGUCACUUUAAAACGGAUGAAUUACGUAUCAGUUAUUUAGUUCGUUUAUUAUUAGUUACAUUUCCAAAUAUUUAUUUUUUUAUUAAUCCCAAUGAAAGUGAAGUCAAUAAUGGUCUUCACAAAAGCCUACGAGCUUAUUUUUGUUUUGCCAUAGUACAAUGGUUAGUUGAUACAUUAACAAAGCAACAAAAUGAAAGUGAAGAUAGUAUUGUUGUAGAUUUAGUUAUUGAAAUUAUUGAACGAUGUCUAGAAGAUGCGUUUGAUUUUGAAGCUAUUCAGUAUUGGACAGCACCAACAGAAAUGACAAAACUAGAAAAUAUGAUUGCUGGUAUUAAAAAUGAUAUGCAGUGUACAGAAGACGAAAAAGAAUGUGACAAGACUGAAGAAGAAGUAACUGAUCACGAUGAGUUGUCUAAAAGGUUAGAAAAAAUUCGUACAGAAAGAAAGAAAUUUAUUGACGAACGAGUCACUGCUCCUUCUCCAAUGAUGGUUUAUGGAAAAGCCAAUGAACUGUCGAAUAUUUUGCAGGGCCAAAAUAUAAAGACAAAUUUGGAAAAACGUGUUCAAGAAUUAUGGAACAAUAACGUUUCAGCAAUGUUUACAUAUUAAAUUUUCUGUACAUGAACAAUAAAUAAUACUAAUUUUUUUUA